AUAUAAUGUAUUAUAAUACUUAUAAAAUAAUAUAAAUAUUUGUGUACUUUGUGGGAUUUAAACUAAUCAGGUUGACCAAACAUGAACUUUCUUACCUAUUUAUUUAUUUCAGAAAUAUUUGAAUUAUUUUAAAAUUCACCAUAGACUUCAAAGAUUUGUUUAGGGAACGAAAUCAUAACAAACGAUUUACCGAUUCGUUCGCUCCGCAAGAGUACUCGUACGAUUGAUAAGUAGUCUAUAGCAUUUACUAUGUACACUUGUUAUAUAUAAUAUAUAAAUUACAUAAAAUAAUAUGAUAUCUUCUAUCGAAAUUGUAAUUGUCAUUAUCUAAUAAAUUAAUUAUUUUGUAAAAUUAGUAUUUAAGUAUUAUAACCUAAGUAACCUAUCAUCACCUAUCAUAUAUAUAUAUAUAUAUAUACAACGCAAUCCGCCACAACCCGCUCCAAAGUUGACGAAAAGAUACACUGACACUUUCGUUUAAAUUGAAGUCAAGAUGAGUGCUUACGGUGUAGUGACAAGCGAUUUUAUAAAUUUAUCUAUUACUAACUCUAAUCAGCAGUCAUAUUGCGUAGAACGAAGAUUUCAGAAAGGAAUAACCAUUGAUGAAUUUAAGGGAAAAUUGGAACUUGUAACUGGUGGAAAUCCGUUGACAAUGAUAAUUGAAGUAUAUGAUAAGAACAAUCAAUUAAUUUGUAAAUUGGACGAUGGUCAACGACUUUUAGGAUCAUACCCAAUUGAUGAUGGAAUGCGAGUGCAUAUAAUAGACAAUUUUUCUCGUACCGAUGAAAGUCUUAAUAAUAUUGACAAAUUUGAAAUAUCUGAAGAAGAAUAUGCCAAAAGACCAGAUACUGUGAAAGCAUUUUUGGAGAAAAAUAAAUUGGGAAAGUACGAUGAAGAAAAAAUGAAGAAAAAAAUAGAGGAAAAACGGCAAGAAGAAGAGGCAGAAGCAGCAGCAGCUCAAUCAUGCAAAGUUGGUGAUCGUUGUGAAGUUUGUGUACCAAAUCAACCAAAACGUAGAGCUACCAUUAUGUAUGUUGGUAAAACACAAUUUAAGGAAGGUUGGUGGAUCGGUGUAAAAUAUGAUGAACCACUUGGUAAAAAUAAUGGAACUGUUAAUGGAAAAAAGUAUUUUGAAUGUUUGCCAAACUAUGGUGGAUUUAUAAAACCAAUACAUAUAAAAGUGGGAGAUUUUCCAGAAGAAGAGUUUGACUUGGAUGAAGAACUUUGAAAUUAAUAAUAUUUAUUACAUCUAAAGACGCUUAAUAUUUUCUUCGUUUUAUUAUAUCUGGUCUCCAAUUUACUGGAUGCGUUUCUUCAGUCUGAUAAAUGCAAAUAAAAAAAUAAUUAAAUCAUAUGUAUUGAUUACUAUAUAAUUAUUUUUUAAUAAAUUAUUUAUUCUUACA